AUGUGUGUGCAACUUAAGGGAACGUAUGAACGGGCCGCCUCUGUACAAACAACGCCACUAAACGUUCAGAAUCCAUCACCCACUUCGUAUAGUACACCAGAAAUUAUAGGCCUCGGUGCUACCUUCACCAUGACUUUUCGUGCUAUUGAUCCUAUAUUUGGCGACACUGUGAUAAAUGGUAACAGGGCUCGAAUAUUUGUGGCAGAGAAUGAUGUGAUAACAGGAGGAAAAGCACCAGAUUGUGUAAAUGGUAAGGCCCCUCCAGGUGGUGGUACCACCACCUUUGAUACCUUUACUGCACAAUCCCCCACAGCUGCUACUGUUCAACCGACCAUAAUGACAAAAGGAUACUUUUACGUCUGUUUUAAGGCGUAUGAUCAGUUAUCAUUCUUUCUUGUACCAAAUGCAGGAGGUGGUUAUGUCUUUUCUGUUGGUCUAACUGGUGCACAAAGCUAUACAGUGGCACCUUCUCCCACUUACAUGGGACAGCAAGUUAACAUUGCCAUUGUGGGUAACUUGUUAAGCAAUGCUGAUCAUGUCAAGAUUGUGGAUGUGAGUAGUAUGCCUUCUGGGACACCAAGCUAUGGGGCCAACUGUACUGCAGAGGCCAAAAAUGCGGACGCGGAAUCCACGAGCGGAGGAACGGGAAGUGUAGUGAAUGCUAUUAGCCCUGUAGAGGCAUUGUAUGUACCUCGUGUAAACAAUACAGGUCGAUUCAUUCUUUGUUAUCAAAGUGCUCGGCUUGCAAAUGUGUGGAAGUGGGUGUCGGAUCUUCCUUAUUUUACUGUUGACCCACCUCACCCUACUGCUUAUUUACAAGUACCCACUCCUUCCUAUGCAACAGAGAUUGAUCGCUUACUGGUAAUAGAUAGCCCAAAUACUGCAUUACUUGGCCCUAAUGAUAAUAUUAAACUCGUAGAUCGUGGUACUGGGAAUGCUGGUUUUGAUUGUACAACGGCAGCUGUCAACAGUAAAAGUAUUGGGGCACUCGUGAGGCUUGGGGAUGUAAGUAAUACCACAAAUGCUGUAUAUCAGGUAUGUGCCAAUACACAAGCACGUCUAACCAUUUGUUAUUCCCUUGAGAAAGGUGCAUGGGCAGAAGUUCCAUUCCAGACAUUGGCAUCUUCC